AUGGUGACUGCUGCUGUUGUGCUGACUAAAGCUGUGCUAUUUCUGUUUCAGUCCAUCAUGGAGCAGUUCAACCCUUGCUUAAGGAACUUUGUUGCCAUGGGGAAGACUUACGAGAAGGCCCUCUCUAGUGUGACAUUUGCAGCAAAAGGCUACUUCGACGCACUGGUGCGGAUGGGAGAGCUGGCCAGCGAGAGUCACGGCUCUAAGGAUCUUGAAGAGGCAGCAUGGGAUGUGCUUUUUCAGAUGGCGGAGGUUCACAGACAGAUCCAGAUGCAGCUAGAGGACAUGCUGAAAUCAUUCCACAAUGAACUGCUCACAGAACUGGAGAAAAAAGUGGAAUUGGAUGUUCGCUACUUAAAUGCAGCUCUGAAGAAAUACCAGACGGAACACAAAAAUAAAGGAGAGAGUCUUGAGAAGUGCCAGGCUGAGCUGAAGAAACUGCGCAGGAAGAGUCAAGGCAGCAAGAACCCCUCCAAAUAUGGAGACAAGGAGAUGCAGUACGUCGAGACCAUCAGCAGCAAACAAAAUGAGCUGGAUAACUACAUCUCUGAGAGCUACAAGAACGCCCUGUCCGAAGAGAGACGGAGGUAUUGCUUCCUCGUUGACCGUCAAUGUGCAUUGGCCAAAACAAGCAACGCCUACCACACCAAGGGCAGAGACUUGCUGACGCAAAAGAUCCCAUUGUGGCAACAAGCGUGUGCCGAUCCAAAUAAACUCCCAGAGCGGGCAAUGCUUCUAGCUCAGCAAAUGGGCUCAGGAGCGACUGGGACGCUGGGACCCAGUGUCCACCACACCUCUAAAUCUAGCCUGACCAUCUCAGACCCCAUCCCUGGGGCCAAGCCACUUCCUGUGCCACCUGAGCUCGCAGCUCUCAUGGGGAACCAACAGACGAGGAUGAUGGGAGUAGAUGGUGUUCCCAUGGUGAAUGGCUCAGGGGUUCAUGGGGGAGAAGACUAUCAACACUGGAUGGAGACCAGAGCCGCACACGAGAAACCGGCUCACAGACACGGUGGAGAGACCUUCUCCAACACCCUGCCUGUCCGCAAGGUUGCGCCUGUAAAGCCCAAGAAUACUUUGGCAGAGACACAGACCCUCCCCAGGUCUAGCUCAAUGGCAGCUGGGCUGGAGAGAAAUGGACGGACACGCGUUCAGGCCCUCUUCUCUCAUGCCGCUGGGGACAACAGCACACUCCUCAGCUUUAUGGAAGGAGACGUCAUUACACUGUUGGUGCCUGAAGCCCGGGACGGCUGGCACUACGGCGAAAACGAGAAAAACAGAAUGAGAGGCUGGUUCCCGUUCUCCUAUACCCGCGUGAUUCCUGAACCAGACAGCAAUAAACUUCACAUCAGUUUGCAGCAUAGCAGGAGCAGCAGCACAGGAAAUCUUCUGGAGAGAGAGAUGGCGUUGCCGACACCUGAUUACGGCAUGCCCACACGCUUCCUCACCCAGCAGCAGAGCACACCACACAGCCGACAGAGACCAUACAGCAUGGCAGUGCCAGGAUUCUCACAACAAGGGUUGGAGGAGUACGAGUCUCGAUUCCAAACGAGCCGGAACAGACGAACAUAGCUGACGUUUCUGAAGGUCUAGCCCAAACAUAAGAGACAAAAGCAGUAAGGUGUCAAGGACUGGAAGCCAGUGCCAGUGUUUCUUCUUUCUGCACUAGAGUAAAGACCAUGGUACAGCCGCCACGCUCAGAGAGAGCUCCACCUCUGUCAUGAUAUUGAUGUCGUUUUCUUCCAGAAUGCCCAUUUUUGGAUGUAAAAGGAGAGAAAGUACAAUAAUUGUACAGCAAAGUAUAUACACUCCAAUAUGCAUGUACUUUGGGCGACAUCAGAACAGUGUAAUGUUGCUAAAUGACCAUGUGACUUUCUACUCUUGAAAAGAUGAAUAAACAUUUCUUCAGAUUAAA